AUGGCGAUCUGUACUUAUAACGCACGUAUGCUUGCAUCGGAUGUGGCCAUUAAAAAUCUGAUGAUGCAAGCCAGAAAACUUAAGUACGACGUCCUCGGAGUGAACGAGACGAAACGACGUCACCCUCCCAACGCCGUAUAUGAAACUGGAGAAGAACUGUUCUUAGGAACAUGCGACAGUAGAGGUGUUGGUGGAGUUGGCAUCCUCAUGAACACGAGUCGCUUACGCUCCAACAUCAAGCAACGAAGGAGAAGAAGUCGAAGCUUUCUAUAUGGACCUGAAGAACUUCUACCGAGAAGAUCAUGCCUUCUACAUGGUCAUAAUUGGCGAUUUCAACGCCAAGAAUGGCCCAAGAAGAACACCGGAGGAACUUCACAUCGAGACCCACGGCCUACAAUGGAAUGA